AUGCAGACCAGGAAGAAAUACAUUUUCCUGACUUUCCUUGCCUCUUGGCUCCUGCUUUUCUUCUUUGGAGGAGACCAGCUGCGCCGUUUCACUUUCUUUUCUGGGAGGAAAACUGAAGCUCGGAGGAAUUGGCCUCUCUGGACGGACCGGUCCAUCCUCAAAAGCUUUGCAGACCCUGAAGAGCUCCAGAAUGAUGGGGACCCCUCACUGCUAUCGCCCCGGGAACGGCGGGCAGCGCGGCUGAGCGUCUACAAGAACAGCAGAUGCCGGAUGGAAACCUGCUUUGACUUCUCCAGGUGCGAGAAGCACGGCUUCAAAGUCUUCACCUACCCUCGGGAGAGGGACCAGCCCCUUUCGGAGAGUUACAGCAAAAUCCUCACCUCCAUCGAGCGCUCUCGCUACUACACCCCGAACCCCGAGGAAGCCUGCCUCUUCAUCCUCAGCAUCGACACGCUGGACCGCGACCAUCUCUCGGGUCAAUACGUCCGUAACGUCGAUGAGAAAAUCCGUGGUUUCCCGCUCUGGAACGGUGGCCGUAACCACCUCAUCUUCAACCUCUACUCGGGCACCUGGCCCAAUUACACCGAGGACCUGGGCUUCGACAUCGGCCAGGCCAUCCUGGCCAAAGCCAGCUUCUACACCGAGAACUUCAGGCCCGGCUUUGACAUCUCCAUCCCUCUCUUCUCCAAGGACCACCCGCAGCGCGGUGGAGAGAGGGGGUGGUUGUAUCAGGACUCCAUCCCCCCAAAAAAGAAAUACUUGUUGGUGUUCAAGGGGAAGCGGUACCUGACCGGCAUCGGCUCCGGCACCAGGAACGCGCUGCACCACAUCCACAACGGGAAGGACAUCGUCUCCCUCACCACCUGCAAGCACGGCAAGGACUGGGAGAAGCACAAGGAUACACGCUGCGACAAGGAUAAUGUCGACUACGAAAAGUUCGACUACCAGGAGCUGCUGCACAACUCCACCUUCUGCAUCGUGCCCCGGGGUCGGCGCUUGGGCUCCUUCCGCUUCUUGGAAGCACUGCAGGCCGCCGGCAUCCCUGUGCUGCUGAGUGACGGCUGGGAGCUGCCCUUCGCCGAAGCCAUCGACUGGGGCAAAGCUGCCGUCGUGGGCAAUGAGAAGCUGCUGCUGCAGAUUCCCUCUGCUGUCCGCUGCAUCCACCCGGAGCGUGUGCUGGCUUUCCAGCAGCAGACCCAGUUCCUGUGGGACGCAUACUUCUCCUCCGUCGACAAGAUCGUCCACACUACGCUGGAGAUCAUCAAAGACCGGCUGCGCCCUCACCGUUCUCGCUCCCGCUUCCUCUGGAACGCGCUGCCCGGGGGGCUCCUGGCUCUGCCCGACUUCUCCACCCACCUCGGGGACUUUCCCUUCUACUACCUGCAGCAUGGCUCCAGCCCCUCCGAGAAGUUCACGGCUUUCAUCCGGGCCGUCUCGCCGGCUAGCUCCCUCUCCCAGCCCAUCCUCAGGCUCAUCCAGGCCGUCUCCACAUCCCAGUACUGCGCCCAGAUCCUGGUGCUGUGGAGCUGCGAGAAGCCACCGCCGCCCAGCGGGAAAUGGCCCCAGACCACCGUGCCUCUGACCAUCAUCCAGGGCAGGGGGAAGCUCAGCGACCGCUUCUUCCCCUACGCGGCCAUCCAGACGGACGCCGUGCUGAGCCUGGACGAGCACACCAGCCUCUCGACCAGCGAGGUGGACUUUGCCUUCGUGGUGUGGCGCAGCUUCCCCGAGCGCAUCGUGGGCUUCCCCACGCAGAGCCACUUCUGGGACCCCGAGCAGAGGCGCUGGGGCUACACUUCCAAGUGGACCAACGAGCUCUCCAUUGUCCUCACCGCUGCCGCCUUCUACCACAGGUAUUAUCACAGCCUCUUCACGGAGUACCUGCCGGCGGGGCUGCGGGAGCUGGUGGACGGCCUGGCCGCCUGCGAGGACAUCCUGAUGAACGUCCUGGUGGCCGCCGUCACCAAGCUGCCGCCCAUCAAGGUCACCCAACGGAAGCAGCACAAGGAGACCGUGCCCCAGCAGGUGAAGGGCACGGCGGGUGUGGCCAGCGGUCGGCGUUUCUCCCAGCGGCAGGAUUGCCUCGACCAGCUGGUGGACUGGUUUGGCUACAUGCCCCUCGUGUCCUCCCAGCUGCGCCUUGACCCCGUCCUCUUCAAGGACCAGGUCUCCGUCCUGCGCAAGAAAUACCCACGCUUGGAGAAACCCUGA